AUGGCGGCCAAUCACUAUCCCAGUUCGCGCCCACAUCCGCACCUUCCUCCUCACCUCAGUCCGCUGCCACCACUCGAACCCUCAGCAGAGCGUCACGGAUACCACUACAAUGCCGGUCGUAGAGGCUCCACCGAUCCCAGCCUGCAUGCCUCGUUAGCCGCCUCGGCGAGCGCCAGCUUUUCCCAUGGCGCUAGCUCGGGCUCGUCGUAUGCCAGUCCUAGCCUCUUUGACGCCCCUAGGCGUCGCAGCGUCCAGAUCGAGCCCACCGUGCCUUCGGCUCACGCUAGCCCCUUCGCUAGUCCAGGUCACUCGGGUCUCCACUCGUCUCGUUUUAUGAGCCAGAACAACAGCCCCACCCCUCUUAUCCACUCGCACUCUGCCGACGAUCACCACCACGCGUCUGGUACGAUCGCUCAUCCGAGCCUGCCCACAAAUGCAUCGCACGACGCCUCCGAAACUUCUCGUCACGGCCAGAUCCAAUCCAACUACCAAUUUGGCAGCUAUCCUCCUCCACCCAACCCCGAGUAUCGACUGGAUGACAAGCAAUCUCAUCCGCGCAUACCUCACCUCAGUGCUCCCGACGGCGAAGGAGGAGGUGCCCUGAUCGAAGGCGGCGGUCUUCUCUCGGAAUCUCGACGUGGUUCGACGAGCAGCCUAGGCGCCUCCAAGCAUCUCUUGGUGGACAAGGACUCGAAGCCGUACAGUCGAUCUCCCGAGCUUCGCGUCAGCCACAAGCUUGCCGAGCGAAAGCGUCGCAAGGAGAUGAAGGAGCUCUUUGACGACCUGCGCGAUCAGCUGCCCGUCGACAAAGGACCCAAGACGUCCAAGUGGGAGAUCCUCAGCAAGGCGGUCGAACACAUUGCUCAGCUCGCCGAUGAGAAGAACGAGCUGCUGGCCGAGUUGGACCUUUUGAGGGCUCAGCUAGGACGUCCGCGCUCCGGUGGUGCUGCUGCUGAUUCGGCUGGUUCUGCUGGUUCUGCUGGUUCUGCUGGUUCUGCUGGCUCUGCUGGUGGCGCUGCUUCGGUGACACUUGAAAACGAGCAGCAUUCACACUUGAAUAGUCACCGAGCCGACUACAGCCACAUGUCGCGUUGA